AAAACGAGCGUGGUCAGGGGUCGACGGCGUCACAGGUUAUCCCGCUUUUGCUUUUUGAUGUUGUUGCACUAGUGCACUGAUGCGACCUGCUCAUCUACUUAUCUAGAUACCCUUGUAGCUUUUUUUACUGAUAAUAUGUCAUCACUUUGAUACGUUUUGGGUCAUGGCAUGAUGACAUUCUUUGUAGUUCUUUAGAAGAUUUUCUGUAGCUUCUUAUCGGAAUAGACGAGAUAGAGAGUAUUGUCUCCAACUCUAGACUUUCAAUACCUUACUUUGAUGAAGAAGAAGACACAGGUACUAAAGCCGAGGACGACCAAGACGAAGGAUGAGAUGUUGACUUAAGGCUACCGCUAGUCCGUCCCUACAUAUUUAUAGGGGUCCCUCAAGAAGCGUGUACUACAACAGAUGAGCAGUAUCUUCUUUGAGGGGAUGUGAUUCCCAGCACAGAGAUGGACUAGGUGGAGUAGCUCUAACAGACCCAGCUAUCGGAUACAUUGAGUUCGCUAAAAGAUUGGAAAUUGAGAAAUUGGACCUUUUCGAAAAAACUAACCGAUGAGAAGCAGGAACUGUCGGAAUUGAAGGAGGCGCAAAAAAGCUUGAAAAAGGAUCUGAGCAUUAGGGAGUCUCUAUCUAUAAUUUUUUGAGAAAUGUUGACCUCGUCGACCCUGCAGAGAAAAUGCAUGUUUAUGUUUUUCCUCGCUUGUGGUUUCAUCUCUUCUUUCUAGUUGGACCCUGACUGUGCUAUUAACAGGUUUAUAACUCAACAUACGAUAGCAAAGGGAGAAGGGGGGGCAAGAGUCACAGUUUCACUCUCUGAGUUUGAAUUAUUGAUUGAUUCUCUCCUUCCUGGGAUCUUAAGGAAAUCUUAACUAAUUGUAACUGUUUCACUGUAGAGCAGGACUAUUCAACCUACAAGUGAAUCAAUUUGUUAACAAAAAAAGGACCGUAACAACUACAACAACCAUUGAACACAAGUUUGCUUUAGUUUUCAGGUAAAGUUAAUAUAAUUGCAAUGACAAGGACAACUUCAUUUCUGAACACCUUUGAUUGAUUGGCUCCUUCCUGAACCUUACCGAACUUAUUCUUUUAUUAAUUUUUUUCGUACCUCUGCCUCACUGGGAUAUAGUACUUUUAUUCUCUUCAUCAUCUUAAGCAACUUUCUUAACUUUUGAGCAGUAGGCUCUAAUAGGAACUGCGAGGGUGAGCGGCGAGGGAAUCAAGUCGAGUCUGAUGAACAGGAUUUGGCGCUUGAGGAGAACGUAAAGCAGAUGGUAGACGGGCACACCGUUCUCGAUGCGCGGCUGGCGCACGCGGUGGCCGAGGCGGAGCUGCUCAAGAAGGAAGAAUCACUUUACGGCUACCGCUAGCUCAUCUCUAUAUUAAGUAACUACAUGGGAAUGAGUCUUGAUCUUGUUCUCUCAACCUCGUACUACAGAGAACAAUGAGUAUCUUCAUUGAGAGAAGAUCCCUGACUGAUGAAACAUGCGGGAUAUUUCCAACAAACCACACCCGAGCAACUACAUGAGAAAGUAAAGGCUUUUGACCUUCUGGUAGGGGAAACCAAGGACUUCGACAGUCGGCGACUCCUCGUAUCAAUGAAGCAAAAAAAACACAAAAUGCUGGAGGGCAACAAAGCGCUAGAAAAAGAGCUACAAAUUAAGGACUUUCUCCAUAAUAACUCAUGGGGUAGCGAGAGGUGGAGUAGGUGGUGGAAGACAGGAGUUGUACGAUUUGCAACUUUAAACAUAGAUUGGUUUAUGUCACAGACAACCCAGCAUGUAAGUCUACAUGUAAAUAACAUUCACUGUGUAUUCUUGAUUCAUUGUUCCCUUUCUAGCAUCAUGUUUUGAGGAAGUCAAUCACAGUCAAGAAUUUUAAGUUUUGUGGUCUACCUCUAAGAAUACUUGUAGAAGUAAAGCGAAACGGGAGCAAAGGAAGUUUUUGGCCGCGCAAAACCUGGAGGUGAGGAGGGUAUUGCAUUUUCGUACUUACAAUUAUACAUACUAUGGUAGGUCCUCGUUGUCGGUAUUCGUUCCUUACCCAAAAGCGUACUGUGGUUGCGCGCGUCUUCUACUAUUGUUCAUUGUAGUAAAACAUAGAUUGGGUUUUAUCACUAUUUCUUAGUCUUUAAUAAGUCGACGUGUAAAAGAUAAUAAUAUAUGGCACUCACUGUCAUGAGACAACAUGAUUUUUAUGGCCAGGCCGAAGAGGUGGAGUCUUCUACGGCGCGAGCGGCGGAAGAACACGCGGAAGUGCAGCCUCCUUAAGGCUACCGUUUCAGCACCUCAGUGUUAUCCUUGGCUCUUUCCUUCUUGAAAAAGAAGCCAAGAAUGCUCCCGGGGUGGUGAAUGCCAUCGUGGUAUUUCUAACAGGAGGCGAAGCAGCUUCUGCAGGAACCUAAAGGUGAGGCGCUGGAACUUCAGCAGCCGCAGAAGCAGCGUGCAACACAGCAGAAGAUCGAGGAAAAAGUGGAGGGGGCGCCGUCUGGUGCACCGGGAUGUUGUAAUCUGAGAGGAAGUAUGAAAUUUAUGAAGUAGGUAAGGAGUAAUCUAGUAGUAGAAGAUGAGUCGACAAAAUCAGCUCUGUUCAACAUGAAUAUCAUUCAACUAGUAGUUAGCUCCUGCCUCCAAGGACAAGUGACCUGUAGUUCUGGGGGUCCGGUAUUACAAAUCAAUGGAUCUCGUCAUGCACAACAACCUUCAUCCAUAGAAACGACAUGCAAUGAACGCCUCAAAGUAUUGUGACAAUGAGGAUUCCAAGAACUAGACCUGGUUUAACAAUAGCGAAUCAUGAGCAUACAAAGACCACAGAAUGAGCAUAUUACAAAGACAGACCAAGCGUAGUUUGACGCCUAACAGGCCGUGAGUAGCAAUCUAUACCACUUUCUGUAUCCCAUCCACGUCUAGAUUUAAGUAUUCAUAAAGAUAAUAUUAUUUUAUUACAUCGUGAACAAGAAGAUCAUCACAUUCUCAACAUCGAAGAACUCGAAGAAGCUCCGCGUGACUGAGCCUCGUUUUGUCAUAAUAUUCAUAUCUGAAGACGACUGUGAACAUGAACAAAUUCAUAAAAAGAUAUUCUGCCGUUGCACAUAUGAAUCGACGAUUAUAUUGCUUAAUUAAAUGCUUGUGCCUAUCAACUUAAUCAUGAAAAAGGACACCGAAAUCAGUUUUCAAGAACACUCUUUGUAUACGAUAAGAUUGUUAUCCAUUAUAGUUAAUAGUUGUUCAUCAUGUGAAGAAGUAGUGCUGGAGGUCGG